AUGGCUUUCACCAGCCGACGCGCCUUGGCGCUAUUCGUCGCAACCAUUGCACCCCUCGCAAAGGCCGACAUCUGCUCAACCCUCGAGCAAGGCGGGAUCUCUGUCGAAUACCCAUUGACGCUGGAUUAUACAGUUGCUUUGACAGAUUACUGGUCCGCAGCUUGUGGUGACCUCAAACCAACAUGCAUUGCGGCGCCAUCUAGUGCGGCUGAAAUGUCACAGAUCAUUACCACGCUGCACGAUUUUGAGACCUUGUUCGCGGUCAAAUCUGGUGGACAUAUGCCGAAUAAUGGGUUCGCCAGUAUCGAGGAUGGAUUGUUGAUUUCAACGAAGAGUUUAGAUCAGGUUGAUUAUGAUGAAAAUGACCAGACGGCAGUCAUUGGACCGGGCCUCUCCUGGGAGGAAGCGCAGAAGGGUCUAGAUGGGACGGGACGGGCCGUUGUGGGAGGACGGUUGGGUGGGGUUGGAAUUGGAGGAUACAUGCUCGGAGGUGGCAUGAGCUUCUUGAGUACCCAGUAUGGAUGGGCCGCCAACAAUGUCGUCAACUACCAAGUGGUUCUGGCCAAUGGCACAAUUGUUGACGCCAAUGAGGAUGAGAACACCGACCUCUUUGCAUCCCUCAAGGGAGGAGGUAAUAACCUUGGUGUUGUCACGGCAUACACCGUGCAGACACAUCCUAUCGGCCAGGUCUGGGGAGGUAACUUCUUUUACUCCAAGGACAAGUCACCUGAAGUUUUGGCGGCAGUGCGCAAUUUCGUCGACGACUAUCCCGACGACAAGGCAGCUGUCAUUGUGACCGCAGAACAUGGAGUGAUCGGGGUCGUUGAUUUCUGGGUGAUGUUCCUCUUCUACGAUGGACCUGAGCCACCAGCAGGUGUCUUUGACGAGUUCGAGGCUAUCGACCAUACCUCCACCACUCAGACAUGGGACUCAUACUAUGACCUACUGAAAAACAACGACGAGUUCAUUCUCCACGGCCAACGCUACACCAUCGCGACAGAGUCCACCCCUGUGCCAAAUUCCACUGUUGGAGCCAGCGUGAUGCAGGAGUAUUUCGACCAUUGGUACAACGUAACAGAGUCUGUCAUCGGUGUUACUGGUGUCGUUGGAUCGAUUGCUUUCCAACCAGUCCCCGUGGCAUUCACCAAGAAGGCCAAGGAGCGCGGCGGAGAUCUUCUCAAUGUCCCCGAUAACCAAAACUACAUCUUCUUCGAAUUUGACUUUUCUCACUCCCUUGCAAUCGACGAUGCAGUGAUAGACCAAGCUACCCAGGACCUGUACCAGGGAAUGGGUAAUCUCGUGCAGAAAAACAUUGACGAGGGUCUUCUUCCCGAUGUAUACCGACCAUUAUUCAUGAAUGACGCAUAUUACCGCCAGGACUACUGGGGGCGCAUCGACCCAGCUUCCAAGGCCCUUGCGCUAAAGACUCGUCGCAACGUUGAUCCCGAUGGGUUUUUCCAGACACGGACCAGCGGUGGUUGGCGACUUGAGGAGUAG